GGCAGGCAGGCAGGCAGCGCUGCAGUUUGAUGGGCGGAGGAAGGCAGGGCCCAAAGGCACUGCGGCCAGGAAGCGGCUCGAAUUACACUGGGGGUGCUUGGGGGGGAGAAUGACACCCACUGGAGUGAAGGAGGAGGGCAGAGUGUGGAGACGUAAGGAGGAGAAAAAACCCUAGUAAACCUGACAAAGCGUCUGAGAAACAGUGCGAGGACUGUCGGCGGAAGAAGAGAAAGAGACGCUCUUUUCACCAGGGGAACGCACACUGAUGGAUUUUAUGACAUUUUGCACCGGACAACUAUCCUCUUGUACCUUUUAGACCCCGUUCCACCUCCUUUAGUAGCUGCAAACUUUCCCUUUAGUUGACAAGUGCGCUUCUCGGGAACACUGGGCAUGUUCUGCGCCCUGGAAGAAACUUGGUGACGGGGAGGAAAGUUUCGGGGGGACAGCGCUGUGGUUUUCCGAGCUGUUUAUGAAGGAUAACGCGUGUAAAGUCGGAUUUCUUUGCGUGGCAUUGGACUACGCUGCCAGUCGGUGGUUGGAAUAUAUGUGAUCUGAGUUGAUGCCGGCUGAUUGUGGAAUAGUAAGCUGAAAAAAGGCAGCGCCUCGCAGAUUUUUUUGGUGCAUUGUGGAGUUGGAGACAUUCCUCUCUGUGUGGAUUCAGCUCAUGCUCUCUCCUCCCUUAUCUGUGCAUGCCAAAACAGAGAUCUCCACGAUUUUUAUUCCUCCCUGCCCAGGUGAUUGGCUGAAUUCCACUGAGUGACAGGUCGACCCCAGCAGCAGUUGAUGGUUGGGCGGACCCCCUCAGAUGGGAUCAGUGUCCAGGGGGAGGUGGAGAAGGGGGGUAUGGGGAGCGCUCGCCCCCACUAACGGGAUGGCCUCGUGGGCCUGGCUGCUGGCCGCUGUCCUGCUGUCCCUGCUGACCGUCAGCGUGGCCCGGCCGCCUCUCACCGCCACCAAGGAGGAGGAGGCCACUCUGGAACCUGAAGAGGCAUCGAACAAAUACCAAAUUUCUAAGCCCACGGUGUGCUCAGUGCACCCGGGGGAGUUGCUGAAGCUGAGCUGCCCGCUGCCGCCGACCGGGACCAUCACCUGGACCAAAGACGGCAGCUCUCUGGGCACCAACAAUCGCACGGUGAUAGAGCAGGAGGUGCUGCAGAUCCGUGAUGCCACGGCUAAGGAUUCGGGCCUGUACACCUGCACCAGCGUGGGCAAAGACACGGUCUGCUUCAUAGUGAAUGUCACAGAUGCCAUCUCAUCGGGGGAUGAUGAGGACGAUACAGAGCGAUCGGAGGACGCUGGGGCGGACGGAGAGCAGAUAAGCGCUCCGUAUUGGACCUCGUCAGCAAAGAUGGAGAAGAAGCUGCAUGCGGUGCCAGCUGCCAACACAGUCAAGUUCCGCUGUGCUGCGGGAGGCAACCCCCGGCCUAAGCUGAGCUGGCUUAAAAACAGCAGGCCUUUCCGCCAAGAGGACCGCAUGGGAGGGUAUAAGUUGCGUAUCCAGCACUGGACCCUGAUCAUGGAGAGCGUGGUGCCGUCGGACAAGGGCAACUACACCUGUCUGGUGGAGAAUGAGUUCGGAGCCAUCAACCACACCUACACCCUGGACGUAGUGGAACGGUCCCCUCACCGGCCUAUUCUCCAGGCCGGUCUCCCAGCUAACACCACCGUACACGUCGGGGAAGAUGCUCGUUUCGUGUGCAAGGUCUACAGCGACGCCCAACCUCACAUCCAGUGGCUGAAACACAUCACUCAGAACGGCAGCCGCUACGGCCCCGACGGACACCCCUACGUCCGAGUGUUGAAGCGUUCAGGCAUUAACAGCUCGGACGUGGAGAUGCUCACCCUCACCAACGUGACGCAGGCCGAUGCUGGAGAAUAUAUCUGUAAAGUCUCCAAUUAUAUAGGCGAGGCCAGCCAGUCGGGCUGGCUGACUGUCAUCCCAGGUAACCCUCGAGACCUGACCCCACCUACCCUCCCUCCCCCCGACUACGUGGAGAUCGCGAUAUACUGUGCAGGCGUCUUCCUCAUCGCCUGCAUGGUGGGCAUCGUGGUGGUGUGCCGCAUGAGGAACACGGCAAAGAAACCCGACUUCGGGGGCCAGCCGGCGGUCCACAAACUGAGCAAGCAGAUCCCUCUGCGCCGCCAGGUGUCGGCAGACUCAAGCUCCUCCAUGAACUCCAGUACGCCGCUGGUACGCAUCACAACGCGGCGGAGCUCUGCGCACGAUGAGCCAAUCCCUGAGUACGAUCUACCUGAGGAUCCACGCUGGGAGUUUUCCAGAGACAGGUUGACCCUGGGCAAGCCCCUCGGUGAAGGCUGCUUCGGCCAAGUUGUAAUGGCAGAGGCCCUGGGCAUCGAUAAGGACAAACCCAAGGAGGCUGUGACGGUCGCUGUCAAGAUGCUGAAAGAUGACGCCACUGAGAAAGACCUGUCUGACCUGGUGUCGGAGAUGGAAAUGAUGAAGAUGAUCGGCAAACAUAAGAACAUCAUUAAUCUUUUGGGGGCCUGUACACAAGAUGGCCCUCUGUAUGUGAUAGUGGAAUACGCCUCCAAAGGAAACCUCAGGGAGUACCUGCGAGCCCGCCGGCCGCCCGGCAUGGAGUACUCCUAUGACAUCGCCCGUGUCUCAGACGAACAGCUUACUUUCAAAGACCUGGUCUCCUGCACUUAUCAGGUGGCAAGGGGCAUGGAGUACCUCGCAUCACAGAAGUGUAUACACAGAGACCUGGCAGCCAGGAACGUCCUGGUCACGGAGAGCAACGUCAUGAAGAUCGCUGACUUCGGCCUGGCCAGGGACGUCCACAACAUCGACUACUAUAAAAAGACGACAAAUGGUCGUCUCCCGGUAAAAUGGAUGGCUCCAGAGGCGCUGUUCGACCGGGUCUACACGCACCAGAGUGAUGUCUGGUCAUUUGGGGUGCUGAUGUGGGAGAUCUUCACCCUAGGGGGCUCCCCCUACCCCGGCAUCCCAGUGGAAGAACUCUUCAAGUUGCUCAAAGAGGGACAUCGCAUGGACAAGCCUGGCAACUGCACCAACGAGCUGUACAUGAUGAUGAAAGACUGCUGGCAUGCCAUCUCAUCCCACAGACCCACCUUCAAGCAGCUAGUAGAAGAUCUGGAUCGCAUCCUCACCCUCAACACCAACGAGGAGUAUCUGGACCUGUGCGCCCCAACAGAGCAGUAUUCCCCCAGCUUCCCUGACACUCGCAGCUCCUGCUCCUCCGGUGACGACUCUGUGUUUUCCCACGAUCCCUUACCGGACGAGCCCUGCCUCCCCAAGUACCAGCACAUCAAUGGAAACGUCAAAACAUGAGCCCUCACCCACCCUCUCUAUCCCAGCUUGACCUGUCCCAGUCUUACCCCCAUCGACGUCCCAAAACACACGUAGCACAGACGUUCCCUCUCCGGGAUCCUCCCAACCUCCUGCCCCCCCAUCACCCCCUCUGGCUCCCAGUGGACUAAUGGACCCAGAUGGGACUGGGCUGGCGGCAGCGCUGCUCAUACUGCCAUGCACACACACUACAUACACGAGUGCUCACAUGAGGUCUUAAAGGGGAGGACAGGGACCCCGCAGAGGCGUUUUUUUUUACUGACUGAAUGAAUUGACGCUCCCUGGGGACCUUCCUCCUCCUCUUCCUUGUUUAAAACACACAGACGUUUCAGUUCGGUUCUCAUGUUUGUACCCGGAUUUUUUUUUUGUUUUUAUCCACAAUCGACGACGUUGGUGAUCCCUUUCCAGUGGCUGGCAUUCCAAGACUGUUAUUUGCUCCUGGAGGAAUGUAUGGACCGAUGUGAACUUAUAAAAAAAAAAACAAGGGACUAGAAGAGGAUGACGAAUAGGAAAAAGGACUGAGCUUCAACUAACAAAACAGAGGAAUAGAAGGGGAGCACAUAUAGAAACUGCUCUCCUGUUUAUUUUGUAAUAUUGAUGCAUUUCUUUUUCAGUUCUCUUGAUAAACCUUCCCAAUUAUCCUGGAGAGAAGAAAUACACAGUAUAAUGUAUAGUGCUGGGUAUAUUUGUAAAUAUAUUCAAAAAUGUAUAAAUAUAUAUUAUAUAUUUACAAUGAAUUAUUUUUUGUAUGGACUCCGAAAUAACCCCAACCCUUCCCACCCUACUUUGAGUUUGAGGCAGGUAUUCUAACAGGUUAUGUGUCCUAUAUUUCUCUUCACACACAAACUCACACAUACAGACAUGGAUACACACUUUAAUA